UCCCAGAAUUCUUGUUGGAAAGUAUUUCCCGCCAAUAUUGUGGAAAAAAAAGCAUCAGUUUCGGGCGCCAAAAGGCACACGCUCGUUGCUUGUAGCCGGCUGCCCUGUGCGUUAGUAUUUUUCAACAAUUAUCACUGGAGAUUCAAUAUCUGAUCACCAAAGAUGAUAACCGUAGCUGCGGCAACGGUCCACCGGAGUAUGAGGCCGACUACUCCUGGACCUUCUUCAAGCACAUCUAAUAUUUCAGUUGGGACUAGCAUUCCAUGGAGCCCAGACGUCACUCAAUCACCAAAACGUCGACGUACCCAUCAAGGACCAUGUAGCGCUAGAAAAAAAUUAAUACAUAGUCCUUCAGAAGAUAUAUCUUCGAAUUUGAACCUCAAUAAUGCUGAAAUCACCCUGACGCCAAUAAGGAAGGUUAUAAAUACCGUGGAAAAUACUGGCAGUAAUGAUGACAACCAGUUGCAUAUUAAUGCUGCACAAAAAGUCAACCUUCAAACAACAAAUUACAUUAAUAAUGAAAGUGAUAAAGACGACGUUCUCUUGACAGUGCAAGUACACAAUAAUUCACAAUCAAUACUUGACAAUGAAGAAGUUGAAGAUAUCGAAGCAAGAUCAAAGAUUUGCUCUCUACUACCAUUUGUUAAUUCCGAUGAAAUCAGCAUAAGGCGUAUAGAUGGAAAGAGCAUUCAAAAAAAAUCUGAAAUCGAUGGGAAUGUUUCAAAAUUUGAAGUAUUAUUGAUCCCACCUGAUUCCCUCAAAGAAGUCAUAGAGUCAUCUGAAAGUGUCAUCUCAAAUAUGCAACAGCAAAGCCAACCUGCAAGUCCUGAAACUGUAGCUUUGAAAAAUCAGGCUCUUCGAUCCACAAAAUUUACUGAACUCGAUACUUUCAAAGCAGUCCGUCUUGAUAACAGAAAAGAAACGAUUGUGAUUAACAGUAAAUCAUUUUACCAGAAAUCACCUGCUCAGAUGAAACCACAACUUCGCAGAACAGCGAGUAAACCAACAUCCUCAGCAAAUUCACUUUCAAAAAAAGUGCAGAUUGCACUUGAUACUCUGAAAAAUUCGUCACAAAAGUCUAACAACAUUCCUUCGAUCGCAAAUACUUGUGCAAAACCAAAGCUGACUAGUAAUGUUGGUCUAAGUCUCAACCCAAAAGUUGCCGUAAUUGCAAAUCCUUCUGUGCCGAAUCUCCAGGAAAUAUGUAAGAUCCAUCAUAACUUUGAUACGUCAGAUAUGCCCCAGGAAAUGUUAAGUUCAUGGAAUGGGAAUAGAGAUGAAGAAAACGUCUCAUCUUUAAUGGAUAGUGACAAACAUAUAGACAAACUAGAAACACCAGAAUAUAUGUUGAUAGCAGAGAACGAUUUGCAGGAGCCAUAUCACAUGAGUGGCUUUCCCAAUCCUCCCGGGGAAAACAGAUGUUGGCUUAAUGCAACUCUACAAGCAUUGUUCGCUAUGCCAUUGUUCAACACAUUCCAUCGAUACGACCUUCGGAAUUGUUCAAAAUUGACACAGUAUCUGGUGUUGACAAAAAUACAUUGGAUGAAGGGUGUCACUGGAAGGGACAAGGCGUAUCAGACUGUAAAAUUAUUGAAGGAAGAACUUGGGGUACUCGACGAAACAUACCCCUCAGAGCGUCAACAGGAUGUAUCUGAAUUUCUGAUGAUCCUUCUAAAUCACGUUAAGUCCGACUUAGGAAAGCUAAUUUCAGCUGAAGAUAAUUUUGAAGAAAUGGAAAAUAUUCCAAAAAAUCAACAAGAACCACAGAAAGUAGUAAAGUUACCGCAAACCCCCAACAAAAGGUUACCUUUGGCUGAAAUUUCUACUCCGAAGAAUAAUGGCAUUAAACGAAGCCAUAGCCUCGGAGAUUCUACCCAAAGUCCAAAGAGUAGACAACAAAUUUUCACGCACAGUAUUCAAGAUUUGUUGAGCCCAAAGCUACGUAAAUUGUCAAACCCUUCGGAUCCGUCUUAUAAAGUACACACCCCACCACUUGCUCCAACAAAUGAUGAGACGAUUUGCCACAAAAAUCCCAUUGACGAAAACUUCCAACUUCAUUUAAUGGAACAUUACACAUGCAAGGGUUGUAAAAAGAAUCGUCAGAAGAAGGUUGACAAUCUCAUGCUCUUUGUCGACAUCCCGUUUGAUGAUGAUAAUCUCUCACCAAUCGAUUUACAAAAUGCAGUAGAAAAUAUAUUUGCACCAGAAGAUAGACAUCUAACAUGUGGAACUUGUAAGCACGAUGCCCAUACAAUGCGUACUACGUUCAGACGCCAACCAAAUAUUCUGACGCUGCAGGUGAAAAGAUAUGGAAUGUCCAGUGAGGGGAUAUUUGCAAAAAUAAGCACAGAUAUCAAGAUACCAAAGAACUUGGAUCUUGGUGCGACACUUCUGAUUGAUGGAUUAAACGAGUCAAAUACAUACGAACCAAUAUGCAUAAUAGCACAUGCUGGUGGUACAAUGGACUGUGGUCACUACACGAGCUACGUAAGACGUGGAAAUCAGUGGUAUCACUACAAUGACAUGAAUGUAGUACCAAUGACUGAAGAAGAGGCCUUGUCGGCCGCCCAGAUGACCGCGUAUUUAGUAUUUUUUGUGAAAUCAUCAUCAGCGGAGCAGGACUCUAAUGGGGUUUAGGCUGUAAAUAUAAGUUUUUAUUUGAAAUUUUAAUCGAAUUCUUUCAUCAUUUGAUAAUAUAUCCAAUCAUCAUAAAGCAUCGAUUCUAUAUAUCAGUAUCAAAAGUAUAUAAGAUGAUACUACCAUAUUUUUUUCAGCCAUACAUUUUUGAAAAUCUUUAGUGAUCGUGAUACAAUGACUUAUUUCUGUUUGGUUUACCUAAUGAUCCAUGAUCAUUCCCAUAUUACUUUCCAUAUUGUUUUCUGUUGCCACAAAAAAAUAUGGAAAUGUAAAAUUCGUUAUGAAUUCAACUUCAUCAAUACCUUGAACACUUUGAACUCAUCUAUUGAUAUUAAUCAUUCAAUUGAAGGAUACCAAUGACGUCGGAAAAGUAAUACAGCUUUCAAUUCUUGAAACCUGAUAAUCUUUUGUGUAAAAGUCCAAUGGUUUCGUCAUUUGAUUAUACAUAUCUCAUUAUAUCAUUACUCAAACAAGUGAGAAAUACGGUAUCACUUUGGGAACAACUUGUUGACAGACGAAUAGAUUGUUCCCCAUCUAGUUUUUGUUUUAGAUUUAGUUUUUGGUUCUGUGAAAACCUUCGUUCAUACAUAAAGAUUUCAGAAUCCUUGCGCGUUUAUUAAAAUCUUUGCUUAUGUCUACUAGCUCUAGAGCCUCAUAUUUAUUAUCUUCGUUAAUCCGGUAUGUUAUAAAAAUAAAUAAAUAUCAGUUAAGUGCGUAAUAUGAUGAAGAAAUAAGACUAGUUUCUCUGUAUUGUCGAACAGACUUAGAUUUGCAUAUGACACUUUUGUCCUGAGACUGAGUUUCAAUCUGUCACAAAUUGGAAUUCACUCUCCAUGACUUAACGUCGUGCUAACAUAGUUGAAAACUAGUUAAGUCUUAGAAUAUCCCUAUUCGCAAAUAUGUAUCACAUGAAUAUGUACAUACAUAGCUUUUAAGUUCACAUCAAACUCUCAGUGCCUUGUCCAAAGUCGUGUACAUAUUUUAAAUAUUUUCAUAUUCGUAAAAUAAAAAUAAAAAUGUUACCUACCUUAAA